CGCUAUCGGUGGAGGUAGUAAAAUUACAAUGUCCACGAACCCAUUUUAAACAUUUUUUAACAUCAUACCCAGUCUGAGUUUAAAGUUUCGAGUCAUAGUCUAGACUUGGCUAUUUAAAAUAGAGCAAUUUCAAAAGAUUUAAAGAAAUAUACUCGGUAUUUAGUAUAAACUAUUCAUCUGUUAUUUUGUAGUCUGAUAACUGGAAGUGAUACUGAAACUGAACUGAUAGAGUAGAGCCAAUAGUGGCAAUAGAGCUCUUCUACGAUCCAAUCAUCAGUCAUCAGAUUUGGAGAUGGAGUAAAACAAAAAACUUUAAAAAGUAAAAUAUAAGUUUUAACUUAUAUUCUAAUAUAGCAUAUCAUACUUAUAGGCCAGGGGUUCUUUAACAGGGUUGGUCGCACCCAAAAAGUCACACAGUAUAGUGUGCUAACAACUGUUAGUUUAGAGACCAAUAAAUCAGAAAAUUUGGAAGUGAAACACACAAAAAUGGGGAAAGAAAGAAAAAGAAGUAAAGAAGAAUUAAAAUUUAAUAGUAAUAUUGUUUUAAGACAAUUUUAAAAAUAAAUUUUAUUAAAAAUUUUAUAUUUUCCCCAUAUCUCACAUGCAACUUCAUGUAAAAACAUUUUAAAAAGUAGGUAAAUAAAUAAAUUUUCCUUAAAAAUGUUAUUUCGAACAAACUUCUAGAUUUCCUUUCAAACUAACAUUAACAAAGUUCAGUCAAACAAAUUUCAUACAAAGAAAUCAAAUUCUUUCAUACCACUUUCCGGAUAUGGGCCUAGAAUAAAUAGGCUAAUUUGUCGUUAUAAUAUCCACUUAAAAGGUCACAGCAGAUACAUAUUAGUUUUUACCUAUUUCAAAGCUAGUUAUGGAAACAUGUUCAGGAAGGUGUUACAGGGUUGUACCAUCAUGCAUGAUCCUGUUGGAAAUUUAAUGUUUUCCUUAGUUAACUUAAUAAGCAUAGUUAUAUUAUUACUGAUACAUCAAUAAUUUUGCUUUAACAUUUUUAUUUUAUAUACUUUACCAUAUACUAACAAUUUGUUCUGUAUCCCUCAGUUAACAUCAAGCUAAUUUCCUCAUUAUGAAAUUUGGGAUAGAUGCCGAUGGCAAUCCAAUAGCUGAACCAUUAAAAAGUCUUGACGAAUUAUUACAGUGGAAUUCAGAUGAAUUUACCUUUAGUGGCAUAAACUUAAAUGGAGAACCGAGAAAUCCAAUUGGGUCUCAAACAGUUGGGAAACACAAGACAGGUCCCAAACUCCUUGUAUGUCAUGAUAUGUUGGGAGGUUACUUGGAUGACAGGUAUUAUUGCAUUCACAUUUAGAAGCUAUCCAUAACUGAUGUGACACAUUGGGGUUGGGGGGGGGAGGUGAUGUGUUAUGAGGAUGUCUAAAAUUUAUGACAAGGCUGAGGAUAAAAUAUCAGCCUAAUUAACAUGACAUCAUUUAUGGAUGGGGCCUAAAUUUAAAAUAAUUUUUUUUCAUUUUAAAUAAAUAAACUGGCAACUUGAUGCACUUCGCUUUAAUAAACAAUGGACCAUCAUAAAAUGUUAACAGCUACUGACCCUAGUUUUUAAUUGUUAAGCCUCUGCAAAACAUAUUGGUCUCAUUCCAUCUGGAGUAGCAUUAUUUUCAAAGGAAGCACUAAGCUUAACUUUGUUGCUUAGAUUCAGGAGGAGAAAUGUGAUCCUUAACCUUAACCCAACGUCAAUGUGACAGUAGUUUAGAUCAUUAUAAGUCAUUAUGUGUUUUCUUUGUUUAAAAUUUGAAACGUGCCAAGAAUGUUCAAACUACACUAGCAGAAAAUCAUUGGCAACCAAGUAAAAUUAGAUUCCUCUAUCUCAUAUACAUAUAGUCUGACCUUGAUACAAUGAAUACAUAAAAAUCCUCUUAAGCUUUAAUUCUAAAAGAAAAACAUGGAAUUAAAAUAAAUGACUUUUUAUUGAUCUUGUGCUUACAACUAUAAGUUUAUAAAUAGUUGCUGCAAUCUCCAAAAUCACAUCUCACAAUCACAACGAUCAUUGAAAAUUUGUCUAAAUUGGUUCUUCGUGAAAAUGCUGCCUAAUUUUUUUGGAUCUCAUGGAUAAUGCUAUACUGAGUGGCAGUGUAGUGAACUGCUUAGAAAAGUUUGAAAUUUGACAUAAACCUAAAUAAAUAACUUUUGUACACAAAACUCAACAUGUUAUCUUUAGAAUUAAAAAAUACAAUGGAAGGUGUCUUCUUUUUCUAUAUUUUGAGGGCCCACGAUCAAUGGAUUGAUCAUUUUGGCUCCUAUGUUUUAGAGGGGUGUGUUGUAUAUCAAGCAUUUACUUUGUAGGUAAUGUUCAGUUUGACCUCAACAAAUGACUUUUAUCUUGAAAAAACAACAGGUUUAUACAGGGAUGUGUCCCUUCAGCUCCUCCCUAUAGGUUCUACCAUUGGCAAUACCUAGAUACAUUUGUCUACGGGGGGGGGGGGGGGGGGAAUGUGUGUGGAGAAAGUUCUGUCUUAUGAUUUUGUGAUUUUAUUAAAAAUUUUGGUGAAAAUUUUGAUAGUAAAAAUGUCAUUUUUAUUUAAGUUAAAUUGAAGAUCAUGAUCUGAUAUCAACCAACUAAAUAAAUUAUACCCAACUAAUCAGCAUUUAGCAUAAGAUUGUAUUAGAUAUAUUAAAUAGGCUUAAAUCAAAGUCUAAAUCAAUAGCUGUAAAUGUUAUGGGACCAGACAGCGCUUCAAAUAAGACUUUUACAUCUUCAAUUAGGUAAUCUCUUAUUUUAGAAUUAGUAUCUUCAAUGCAAAUGGAAAAGCACUUUUUACUUUCAAAGUUACAUUUCUUAAAAUACAUAAUGAACUUAUUUCAUUAUUAAAAGGAUUUUAUUAAUCAAAUAUCUUUAUGUCCCAAAGCAAAAACUAUUAAACAAAUUUUAGGAGAUAAGAAAAGUACAUUCCAUGCAUCUUUUGUUAUUCAAAGUGGUAUACAAGGAGAACUCAGAAAUUAAGAAUCCCUUUAAAAACCAAUGAAAUUAUAAAACAAACUAAUUUGUAAAACAAUAAAUACUUUUUCUGUUAACUACUGAAGUGUUAUGGUGUGGUUCCUUUGGUAAAUGGCGAAUUUUAAUUUUAAAAAACCCUUAAUAAUGAUAACGCUUUCUGUACGCUAAAAAAAGAGAUUACCCUCAAUUCCAACUUAAAUAGCAUCGCCUUUAUAUAGUUUUGAAAAGAAAAUCUUUACUCUCCAUUACUGACUUUGUGUUUUUAACUUGGGACUAAAAUUAUCCUAUUUAAAGCAUUUAAACAUUUAAAAAUUCUGUUCAACAUUUAUAUAACAUGCUGUAUUAACUAUAAAUAAAUGUAUGAUAGAUUUUAUUCAGCAUAUUUUCAUAUUGUUUUUCUUCUAAAACUUUGAUCACUAGGAACAAUUAUAACAGAAUGGGAUGACGGGGUACAGAACUGUUCUAACAUUCUCAAAACAGAGGAAUCAGUAGAGCUAAUUACUAGCAAGUUAGCAGAGAUUGCCUCAUACUUUGGCUUUAAUGGAUGGCUCAUCAAUAUUGAAAAUGGAAUACAGG